AUGUUUCAUCAAUCAGGAAGUCCUGCUGGAAUUUGUCAGCGUGAUCUGAAAUCUGACUUGAAAACAAAGUACCAGUGUGUGUUUGAGGGGAUCGCUAAAGCAGGAAACCCAACCCUUCUGAACCAGAUCUACACAGAUCUCUUCAUCACAGAGGGAGGGACUGGAGAGGUCAAUGAUGAACAUGAGGUCAGACAGAUUGAAGCAGCAUCCAGGACACCACACAGACCAGAGACCACCAUCAGACAAGAAGACAUCUUUAAAGGCUCACCUGGAAGAGAUCAACCAAUCAGAGCAGUGCUCACAAAGGGAGUGGCUGGCAUCGGGAAAACAGUCUUAACACAGAAGUUCACUCUGGACUGGGCUGAAGACAAAGACCACCAGGACAUCCAGUUCACAUUCCCCUUCACUUUCAGAGAGCUGAAUGUAGUGAGAGAGAGAAAGUUCAGCUUGGUGGAACUUGUUCAUCACUUCUUUACUCAGACCAGAGAAGCAGGACUCUGCAGGUUUGAAGAGUUCCAGGUUGUGUUCAUCUUUGACGGUCUGGAUGAGUGUCGACUUCCUCUGGACUUCCACAACAAUCAGAUCCUGACUGAUGUUACAAAGACCACCUCAGUGGAUGUGCUGCUGACAAACCUCAUCAGAGGAAACCUGCUCCCCUCUGCUCGCCUCUGGAUCACCACACGACCUGCAGCAGCCAAUCAGAUCCCUCCAUGGUGUGUUGACAUGGUGACAGAGGUCAGAGGGUUCACUGACCCUCAGAAGGAGGAGUACUUCAUGAGGAGAUUCAGAGACCAGGAGCAGGCCAGCAGAAUCAUCUCCCACAUCAAGACAUCCCGAAGCCUCCACAUCAUGUGCCACAUCCCGGUCUUCUGCUGGAUCACUGCUACAGUUCUGGAGGAUGUGCUGAAGACCAGAGAGGGAGGAGAGCUGCCCAGGACCCUGACUGAGAUGUACAUCCACUUCCUGGUGGUCCAGUCCAAACUGAAGAGCAUCAAGUAUGAUGGAGGAGCUGAGACUGAUCCACUCUGGAGUCCAGAGAGCAGGGAGAUGAUCCAUUCUCUGGGAAAACUGGCUCUUGAGCAGCUGCAGAAAGGAACUCUGAUCUUCUAUGAGUCCGACCUGACAGAGUGUGGCAUCAACAUCAAGGAAGCCUCAGUGUACUCAGGAGUGUUCACACAGAUCUUCAGAGAGGAGAGAGGACUGUACCAGGACAAGGUGUUCUGCUUCGUCCACCUGAGCGUUCAGGAGUUUCUGGCUGCUCUUCAUGUCCAUCUGAGUUGCUUCAACUUUGGUUCUGAUCUGAUACACAACACACAUCCAAUGAUGCACCAUGUCAAUUCAAUGAUUAAGUACUUCCAGUGUGCUGUGGACCAGGCCUUUAAGAGUCCAAACGGACACCUGGACUUGUUCCUGCGCUUCCUCCUGGGUCUUUCACUGCAGACCAAUCAGACUCUCCUGAGAGGUCUGCUGACACAGACAGUAGCUAGUAGCUCAGUAGCUAAUCGGACAAUGGUGGAUUACAUCAAGAAGAAGAUCAGUAGGGAUCUGUCUGCAGAGAAAUGCAUCAACCUGUUCCACUGUCUGAAUGAACUGAAUGAUUGUUCUCUAGUGGAGGAGAUCCAACAGUCCCUGAGAUCAGGACGCCUCUGCACAGAGGAACUGCCUGCUGCUGAGUGGUCAGCUCUGGUCUUCAUCUUAAUGACAUCAGAGCAAGAUCUGGACGUGUUUGACCUGAAGAAAUACUCUGCUUCAGAGGAGGCUCUUCUGAGGCUGCUGCCAGUGAUCAAAGCCUCCAACAAAGCUCUGCUGAGUGGAUGUGACCUGUCAGAGAGAAGCUGUGAAGCUCUGUCCUCAGUCCUCAGCUCACAGUCCUCCAGUCUGAGAGAGCUGGACCUGAGUAACAACGACCUGCAGGAUUCAGGAGUGGAGAAGCUGUCUGCUGGGCUACAGAGUCCAAACUGUAAAGUUGAAACUAUCAGACUAAGUGGAUGUGCCCUCUCUGGAAGAAGCUGUGAAGCUCUGUCCUCAGUCCUCAGCUCACAGUCCUCCAGUCUGAGAGAGCUGGACCUGAGUAACAACGACCUGCAGGAUUCAGGAGUGGAGAAGCUGUCUGCUGGGCUACAGAGUCCAAACUGUAAAGUUGAAACUAUCAGACUAAGUGGAUGUGCCCUCUCUGGAAGAAGCUGUGAAGCUCUGUCCUCAGUCCUCAGCUCACAGUCCUCCAGUCUGAGAGAGCUGGACCUGAGUAACAACGACCUGCAGGAUUCAGGAGUGGAGAAGCUGUCUGCUGGGCUACAGAGUCCAAACUGUAAAGUUGAAACUAUCAGACUAAGUGGAUGUGCCCUCUCUGGAAGAAGCUGUGAAGCUCUGUCCUCAGUCCUCAGCUCACAGUCCUCCAGUCUGAGAGAGCUGGACCUGAGUAACAACGACCUGCAGGAUUCAGGAGUGGAGAAGCUGUCUGCUGGGCUACAGAGUCCAAACUGUAAAGUUGAAACUAUCAGGCUUUCAGGCUGUAUGAUCACAGAGCACGGCUGUGCUUCUCUGGCCUCUGCUCUGAGAUCCAACCCUUCCCAUCUGAGAGAGCUGGACCUGAGUUACAAUCAGCCAGGAACCUCAGGUGUGACCCUGCUGUCUGCUCCUGACUUCAGACUGAAAACUCUCAGGUUGGAGCCUGCUGGAGCUGAGUGGUUGAGACCAGGUCUGAAAAAGUAUUAUCGUGACCUUACAGUUGACACAAACACAGUGCACAGAAACCUCAGACUGUCUAACAACAACAGGAUGGUGAAAUGUGUGAAGGAGGAGGAUCAGGCAUAUCCUGAUCAUCCUGAGAGGUUCGACCACCACUGGUGUCAUCAGCUGCUGUGUAGAGAAGGUCUGACUGGUCGCUGUUACUGGGAGGUCGAGUGGAGUGGAUAUGUUUAUAUAUCAGUGAGUUAUGGAGGAAUCAGAAGGAAAGGAGACAGAGUGGACUGUUAUUUUGGACAGAAUGAUCAGUCUUGGUGUCUGGACUGUUGUGAAGAGGAAGGUUACUCUGUCUGGCACAACAACAUACAAACACUCCUGUCCCCCUCCUCCUCUGUUGGUCCUCUCAGUACCAGAGUAGCAGUGUAUGUGGACUGUCCUGCUGGCACUCUGUCCUUCUACAGAUUCUCCUCUGACUCUCUGAUCCACCUCCACACCUUCACCUCCACCUUCACUGAACCUCUGUAUCCUGGGUUUGGGCUCUGGGGUUCUGACUCUUCUAUGUCUCUGUGUUAGGAGGAAGAGUCUCUGACAGAGAAACCCCCUCACUCUUCUCAUUCUUCAACAGAUCAGUUGAGUGAGUGUAGGAUCACAGUCAUACAAAGUACUAAAGGGUACUGCCAAAAACCAUCAGAUAGCUUCCACUGCUGAGCAGAAGAUAUGUGGCUUUAUCUGAGCACCGAGUCAUUCCCUCAGCUCUCUGUGUCCAUGUAUACUUAUUACCUGGAUUCCAUGUACAGAUACAAAACAGCUGAACCAAAGAUGAUUUUAAUGAUGUAAGAACACUUUAUUCAUACCAAAGAGGCUCCACAGUUUUAAAGGUUGGUAGUGCUUCAGUGUUAGCGGUAUUCUUAUCAGCCAACCUACAGAUGAGUUAACACUAAAAUAAUAUUAAAAUGAUUCACAGUAUUUUAUUACAUUUAAAAA